AUGGUCGCCGGCGGAGCUUCCUGGGCUCCAGUCGUGGGUUGCCUCGCGGUCUUCCUCUUCGUGGGCGGCGUGUACAACCUGCUCUUCCUGUCCCGCAUACUCCCCGCGGUGGGCAAGGUCCUCGUGCUCGUCUUGCGGGAGGCGUCGUCGCCCGCGGCGGGCUGCUCGAUCUUUGGAGCGUUGGAUGUGGAUGGGUUGAAGGAAGCGUUUGCGCCGUAUUUCAGAGACGGAGUGUUCGGGCCACACGUGGACGAGAACGUCACUUUGGAGCGGUGGCCGAAGCUGUACAAGAGACAGCACCCCGAUGACGACGCAAAGCGGAAGACUCAUAUUGCCAACGUCGCCAGCCAGUUGAGGCACCAGAAGGAUUGCGCGGAGCUUAUUCAAAAGAGCGAGGAGUCUGCAGGCGGUAAAUACGACAUUGUGGUGAAGGUCCGUGACAACACCAUCGCGUUGCGGCCUGUGGCGCCAGACAAGCUGUUAUCAAUCACAGAAGUCGUCCUCAAGCAUUGCAAUUGGUGGGGUGGCGUUCACGAUAAAGUCAUGGCCCUCCCACGCAAGUAUCUCGAGAAGAGUUUGGGUGCCGCAUAUGGUGCCAUGCAAGUGACAGGGCGCGUGCCGUGGAACUUGGAGGCCGAGGAGUCCCUGACAGCCGCCUUCGCCGUGUCGUUCAACGUCUUGUGGCUGCUCUCGCUCUCCAGCUACCUCAGGACGCACUUCUCCGACCCGGGCAGGAUACCCGAGCGCUGGAGGGCCUUCGCCGAGAGCACGGGGGGCCUCGCGGUGGCCACCUCGCGCCACGCCUGGCAGCCCGGUCGCGCCACGCCCUGCAAGAAGUGCGGCGGCCUCGAGCGGCCCGAGCGGGCCCACCACUGCGCCGUGUGCAAGGUGUGCGUGCUGCGGAUGGACCACCACUGCCCCUGGACGGCGAACUGCGUGGGGCACAGCAACUACAAGUAUUUCCUGCUAGCGACCGUGUACCUCUGUCUCAACAGCUUCGUUGCCUUCGCCACCGCCCUGCCCGAGCUCGUCUACUGCGUGACCGGCUGGUGCAUGAACACGGGCACCGACGGCACCAGCAGCCCCGAAUGGGUGUACAAUUUACAGCGCUUCGCGGCUGGCGAGUCUGGACGGUGA